CUUUUCCAGAGCUGUUCUCAAGCAAAGUUGUCAUUUUUGCCAAACUUUGUUUUUACUUUUUAGACUGUUCUGAAAGAGAUAAAUUGAAAAACACAGACAGACAAUUUUCCUUCUCAGAAGAUACACAUAGCUACCCAAAUUCAGACUUGUAACUUUUCAAACUAGUGAAGUAAUAAACUAUUUAUCAGUACUAUAAAAAUAACAAAGAGGAAAUUCUGGCUUUACUCUUUAGAGUAGAUUAUGUUCCAUUCUGAUUUUACUUGGGUUCCUAUCUCAAAUUUCAAGCGAAUAUCAAGAUGAUCAUUAAGAAAUUUAAAUAGUACCUAGAAAUUAGUUUGGUCUGCAGCUCAAUGCACUAAUUUCAAUGCGGUGCUGCCUGCUGAAUAUUUUAAACUCCUUUCAAAGCAGUAGGUGUAUUCCCUCCCGCAGUAACAAAACGAUAUUCAUCUUUACACAAGGUGCUCUGGCGUUUAUAAUUUGGUAUCCAACACCCGGCCGAGAAUGUUCCCUUUCCUGAUGCUUUGGCCAACCGGCCUCGAUAAGCCAACCAGCCCAGAACCAGGGGCGCUGGGCUGGGUGUUCCUCGGGGACGGCGCCCACUGCCCGCUUGGUCCCUGGAGUGUCCCGAGCUGCCCCCCAUACCCCUUCUGCGGACAGAGUGGGGGCAGUCCUCUGCCUCUGUUUCCCAACUGCUUUGGUAACUCAGUGACUCUCUGUGAAACUGCAGAGUCAGAGGACUUCCCUUCCGUAGUUUUCAUUCUAAGCGGUCAUCUGUGAGUCAGAAGAUUUCGCCGUGGGCUGAUUUCCCACCCUUUCUGCCCGCGCAAGCCGAAAGCGCUCAUGUUGGCUUUUCCUUUGCCACUUUUCCAACUUGCCAGUUCCAUCAGGAGCCCGGAUCCUUGCCCAGCUUCUUGGCGGAACCAAGUUCGAGCGCACAGAUUUCCCGAGCUCCAGCGGCCAGGGGGCACUGUGUGAGCGGCUGACGUCACCCCUCCGCCCGGCCGAAACCAGGCGGCGGGAUCCCACACAGUUGAGGAGAGGGAGCCGAGGCCGUGACUUAGGGCUGGCGACGAUUAAACCAAGUAACGAGACACCGGGCAGAUGUGUUUUCAUUGCCCUGUAAGAUAAAUGCAGUGUUAAGUGCCUGACAACUUCCCAGAAGCAAUCAGCAAAAGUUUACGAGUGCAUAAACCUCAAAGACCAUUCCCUAACGGUUGUUAUAAGGCCCGUAUUUAGAGCUUCCAUAAAUUCUUCGGCCGUUUCCCAAGGCAAAGUUUUCAGCGACUAUCAAGCAGCCACCUCCUCCGGGAAGACUGGGGGGAUUUUCUUGAAUUACAAAAGGAAGAGGCUUUUGGCUCCUACCGAGUAAAAUGAAGUUGUGCAAAAGUUUGUUCCAGAAGCUUGGAUGGCCAGGGAGAGGAGGGAGGUGGCAGGAGGUCGUGGAGAUGGGGUCGGGAAGGGCCACGAGAUGCGCUCAAGUGUUUGUUGUCUAAGGGCGAAAGACAAAGGUCCUGCGAAGAUCCUGGGUCUAGCUGAGCUGGCAGGGCCUUUGCCGCCCUCAUUGUCGCCCCUGCUCUGCCAUCCCGGCUCUGCCGCUCACAGCCCCGCAUGGCGCCCCCCACCAGUCCCUGACAUGAUCGAUCCUUCGCCCUUCAAAUGUCCACUUCGGGCCGGCAGGAAUCCUGGCGCCCCGCAGAAGGUGGCAGCCCACAAAAAGGGCAAGCUGGCUGGAGAACUAAGUCAGACAUUGUGAGAUGUGUCCCCACCCUGCCCAGAGCCACGACCGGGCCAGCCUCCGCCCUCCCGAAAGUGACCCAAGGACUUUGAUAAGUUAGUGUCAUGCAUACACGACCCACCUAUGUUUAGAGAGAACCUUUGUUUAUGAUCCCAGUGAAAACAAAGCUGCUAAUUGAAAAACAAUAACACUAGCGUGUCUUUAGCUUUCUAAAGGGAGAGGUUAACAGCUGCGAACGCCGGGGGAGGGACGGUGGGAGGGGUGCGGUGAGCGAGGGGCUGCCCUGCAUGUAAACAGCCUCGGGGUCCCAGACUAGACACGUGGGACCGCUCAAGCCUGCAGAACCCCCGGUCUCGGUCCCAGGCACAAGAGCCUCCCGUAGCCCCGCCUGAUCUUUCUCAGUCUUUAGGUUCCAGGACAUCCAAAGGAGCGUAGGUGACCGACGUCUACGUAGUAUUUCUGUCCCCGGAAGACUGGAUCUCAGGGAAUUAUUAUGGAAGAUACUGCUGGGCCCCUUUCAUCCUUUCCAGGUGAAAAUACAGACAUUUUUGUGUCGCCCUCACCCUUCCUUUAUGAAAUAAGGUGCCCAACUGUUCUGAUAUUACCAUUCAAAAACAGGUUCUGUGGCGAACCUCAUUUGUGAAUCUAUUACAGAGAUUAAUAGAUUAUUUCUCCUUUUUCAACUAAUUCUCAGUGGAGAAAUUUAACCAUAUGGUAAGGAGAGAAUUAGAAUUUCAUCACAUUAGAGCAAAAUGUAAUGAAAAGAGUCCAACACCUGGGGCCAACUCCGAAAGCCACAAUUAAAAGGUUUUUAAUGAAACCAGAGAAACCAAAAAUUGCAUAGUCUUCAGUACUUCUGCCAUAUAAGAAAGAGUUAUUGGAAGGUGUUGGGAAAUAUUGUUUUUACUUAUGUCAUAAGGAUGAAAACCAGCUGCUAAAUACCAUGUGUACCCAGAGACCGAACUCAGGAGUGAGAGGACCGCGUGUACCAGUGCCCAUCCGGAGAGGAGCACUUGUUUUUACAUUCUCCCUUCCCGAACCCUCCAAGAACAACCGAGGCUGAUCCAGAUGUCCUUAAAUGGCUUCCGGGUAAAUAAAUAUGCAUAAAUGCCUCACUUCGUGUGGGAGCGGAUUUGACUCCUGGUGAAGUUGACUCUUUUGAAGCAAUCAGAUUUUCAUCUUAAGGAAAGUUUGAGAAACCGGUUUGUUUGUUUGUUUCCUGUUUAGGAAAUUGUGUACUUCACAAUUACCAUCACUGUAACAGUUAUUUGGAGACCACUGCAAAAUCACUCCCACCCCACCUUAAAAAAAAAAAAUGGGCUGCAUGAUCACUUGCUCUUCAUUUUGCUUUUUUCUUUCUUUUUUUCCAAUCUGGGUAGGAAAUGGGCAGUGGCGGGUGUGGAAAUGAGGCAGAGUGUUCGGGGGGACGACUGCUUUGCUCUCUGACCAGCUGAAAACCUAGAGUGAAUUUUGGGCAAGCCAGCUGGGACACCACCUUCUCUCGGAAAGUCCCAUCCCCAAAUCCAGACCAGUCAUCCUACGAACAGGGGUGGAGUAUAAUUCUCGCUCGGAAGGGUAAUUUAGCACAAGCUGAGACAGCAGUGGCGAGGGAAGGGCAGUUGGGGGGGGGGGGGGUGCGGUGGGUGGGGGCGUCUGCUUUCCACAGGACUCCCAGGCUUCGCCGCCGAUCUACAAUUUGCUGAAGGAGCAAAGAACAUCCCCGGCUCUAAGUAGGGCUUUUAGUGUGCUCAUUGAUGAGUGAAAGUCGCCACACAUGUCAAGCUAAAGGCAGUUGUUGGGUUACUAACAGGACCCAGCGCCUUGCAAACAUAUGCGCUAAGCUGUGUAUACAGAUGGCAGGCAGAAUAAUGGAGCAGGCGCCUUUUAUAAAGCUCUAGCUGCUGCCUGUCUUCAGACCUGGGAAAUGAAACUAUUCAGACUUGCGGCCAGAUAGCGCCUGCGAUUGUUUGUUACCGUUUUAAUCCUAUUAAUUAAAACGUUAACCUGAUUGGGUAGAAAGCGCUGUCCCAACAGGCGAGUCUUCUUCAUAAUAACCUACUCAGAGAUAAUGAUGUAAAAGACUCCCCCGUCUGUGGCGGCGGCUGGUUGAUGGGUCCGGAAAUCUCUUGAAGGUGAAUCCAAGCAAGAUAAACGGUGCGGAGAGGAGGCGCGGGGCUGGGCUCAGAGCGGCGGCGGCGGCGGCGGCGGCGGCUCCACUCCCUCCGCGCCCACCCUCCCACCAUGCGGGGCCGCGGCCCAUGGUGAGCCCCAGCAGCCAGCACCAUCGGCUGGAGACGAAGAAGAAGAAGAAGAGGAGGCGGCGAGCGCGGGGGAAGGCGAAAAAGAAAAAGAAAGAAGGGGAGAGGGCUCCCGGCAGCACCAGGACCGACGCGCGCACCAGCUCCGGAGCCCAGCUCGCGCGCGUCUGUGGGGCCGCCUGACUCCGGGGCCGAGGCGGCGGCGGCAGCGGGCGCGGCGGCCCGGGCUGCGCGCCGGCGCGGGACCAUGGAGCGCGGGAUGCACCUCGGUGCAGCGGCCGCCGGCGAGGACGACCUCUUCCUGCACAAGAGCCUGAGCGCCUCCACCGCCAAGCGCUUGGAAGCGGCUUUCCGCUCCACGCCCCCGGGCAUGGACCUGUCCCUGGCGCCGCCGCCUCGGGAACGCCCGGCGUCCUCCUCCUCGUCGCCCCUGGGCUGCUUCGAGCCGGCUGACCCCGAGGGGGCAGGGCUGCUGUUGCCGCCGCCUGGAGGAGGCGGCGGCGGCGGCGGCGCGGGAAGUGGCGGCGGCGGCGGCGGCGGGGUGGGUGUCCCCGGGCUGCUAGUAGGUUCAGCCGGCGUUGGGGGCGACCCUAGCCUAAGCAGCCUGCCGGCCGGGGCCGCCCUUUGCCUCAAGUACGGCGAAAGCGCGAGCCGGGGCUCGGUGGCCGAGAGCAGCGGCGGCGAGCAGAGCCCCGACGACGACAGCGACGGUCGCUGCGAGCUCGUGCUGCGGGCCGGAGUAGCCGACCCGCGGGCCUCCCCGGGAGCGGGAGGUGGUGGCGCGAAGGCAGCCGAGGGCUGCUCCAAUGCCCACCUCCACGGCGGCGCCAGCGUCCCCCCGGGGGGCCUGGGCGGCGGCGGCGGCGGGGGUAGCAGCAGCGGUAGCAGUGGCGGUGGUGGCGGUAGCGGCAGCGGCAGCGGAGGCAGUAGCAGCAGCAGCAGCAGCAAGAAAUCCAAAGAGCAAAAGGCGCUGCGGCUUAACAUCAAUGCCCGAGAGCGCCGGCGGAUGCACGACCUGAACGACGCGCUGGACGAGCUGCGCGCGGUGAUCCCCUACGCGCACAGCCCCUCGGUGCGAAAGCUCUCCAAGAUCGCCACGCUGCUGCUCGCCAAGAACUACAUCCUCAUGCAGGCGCAGGCCCUGGAGGAGAUGCGGCGCCUAGUCGCCUACCUCAACCAGGGCCAGGCCAUCUCCGCUGCCUCCCUGCCCAGCUCGGCGGCUGCAGCGGCAGCAGCUGCUGCCCUGCACCCGGCGCUCGGCGCCUACGAGCAGGCAGCCGGCUACCCGUUCAGCGCCGGACUGCCCCCGGCUGCCUCCUGCCCGGAGAAGUGCGCCCUGUUUAACAGCGUCUCCUCCAGCCUCUGCAAACAGUGCACGGAGAAGCCUUAAACACACCCCCGAAAAACACAAGACCGACCCAAAAUCUAGAGGAAAGCGAAAAGCUGCUCCCCACCCCCUUUAUUUUGGUCCUCUCGUAGUUGUGAAACACUUGCAGAGCAAACAAAGCAGAGGCAAGAACUGAGGAGAAGUAUCAGAGACAAACGGGACUUUUAGCCUUGACAUCCCCAGAAUCUCGGUCUUUGGGGUGGGGAGGGAGGGAGGAGGGAGGUGGAGUUGGGAUGGAGUAUGGAUGUCUUUUUUUUCUCAGAAAAGUGGCAACUUUGGUGGCAGCCUAGACCGCGAGGAAGUGGAAUCUUCCUUAAAGGUGAAAAAUAAGUUGAGAAGUAGUGCUUGGUUAUUAAGCCUGGAGAGUGUUUGAAUGGCAAAAUACUAAUCCUACUAAUAAUUGUGGAUUUGGCUAGUGCUGAGGGGGAGAGGAGGAGUUAGGGGUUGGGUAGCAUGAGAGAUGGAAUAUUCAUUCAGACAAAUCAGAAAGGGCACUUGAAAAUAAAUUUUGAUUCUGAGCCAGGAGAAAAACUUGAAAUGUUGACUUAAGUGAGGGGGAAAUAAAACCCAGAGAGAGAGAGCGAGAGCGAGAGAGAGAAACAUGUUACUAUGAAAGACUUGUAUUUUUUAUUGUCUCUGAACUUUAAUCCUGUGAAAAUGCUCAAAGUUUUGGCGAGAGUGAUAUAAAAAAACUGACUGUGGCUGAAAGAAUUGCAUUUAAAAAUAUUUAUGUGCACCUUGUUACUUUCUACUCUGCAAUGAUGUAUUAACAAUUUAUGGUAUUUAUUUGUUAUUCUUCAAUGACCCUUCCACAUCAACAGUAUUUAUCAUGUGUUAAAGUCAUGGGUCUUAUGUGCAGAUUUUUUUAAUGCCUCUAAAAUUGUUUUAUAGAUUACUUAUACUGUGUGCCAAGUGUUUAAAGGUUUAUUUGCCAACAAGUAUGAAGAGAAAUAUUGAUGUAUCUGAGCUGCUUAGGUUUAUGAAAGGUCACCUGGAUAUUUUCAGUUGCAUCAUCCCUGUAUUUAAAUUGAGCUUUAAUAAAUUGCUUCAGUCCAAAAAUUACAGGAAAGGUGUAUUUAAUUGAUGAAUGAAUUGAUCUCUUUUUUGAAAGGGGACUCCUUUACAUUCCAAAAGGGAAAAACAUCACAGCAAUAGUUGCUAUACGUAAGAACAUGCUAAGCAAAUAUUUUUCCAGGCUGUGCUGUGCAUUUUUAAAAGGUCUAAUUUAAUUGCUUUUAAUAUAUAUGUACAUAUAUGUUAUUUUAACUGUGGAGAAUUAUUUAAGUUAAAAGACUGGUUUGAUUUGCCUAUGGUGUGAAAUCCUUUGUUAUUUUUCUAAAAAAAUAAAAUUUAAAAAGAAAGAAAACUAAGGAAGAACAAGAAGCUAUUUACCCAAAGUGAGCUUUCAGUUUUAGUUUUGCAUGGCUGUUUGACUGCCUUUCCGCCCUAUGAAAAUCAAGAAAAUCUUUUUUAAAAAUGGAGUCCUGCUAUUUUCCACUCCUUGCAGAUAAUACAAAUUCAGUUUGUCAGGUUGGAUGGUGAGUUGGGAGCUGUGAUGGAUCUGUUGGCGGGUUUUGGAUGUGUAAAGAAUGAUAUAUAUAUUAAAUAGGUCAAUCAGACUAUGACAGCUAUGUACGACCAUUUGUAUGUGUAUCUAUGUCAGAAAGAAUCUUUAUUAAAAUAUUUUGAUCAAACAUUUUAUUAUGCUGUGCUUUGUGGAAGAAG